CCGGGAGGGGCUCCGAUGCUGCCGUGCGCGCGGUCGGCGCUGCGGAGGCGGGGCCUGGCCCUCCUGCGCGGGCGCGCGGAGGGCGGGCGGGAGGCGCUCGCCAAUGCCAGGUGCGCGGCCACGGUGGCCGGCCGCGGGGCCGGGGUCGGCCGCUGGCCCGAUCCGCCGGCGCGCACCCGGUUAGGCGGCCGGUGGCCCGCGGCCUCGCAGACGAGGUCCUUCCUCGGGUGCGGCGACGGGGCGGAGGGCAGCGUCCUCUCCAAGGUCUACGAGGAGCGGCGCGUCAUGGGGUACUCGCCGGAGCAGAUGUACGCCGUCGUCGCGGCCGUGGACCUCUACGAGGAUUUCGUGCCCUGGUGCCAGCGCUCCAGGGUUAUUAGGCGCUACGACAAUGGCUCGUUUGACGCCGAGCUCGAAAUCGGGUUCAAGUUCCUUGUUGAGAGCUAUGUCUCUCAUGUGGAGAUGGAGAAGCCCAAGUACAUCAAGACGACAGCGUCUCAAAGUGGGCUUUUCGAUCACUUGAUAAACGUUUGGGAAUUCAAGCCUGGUCCUACUCCUGGAACCUGUGACCUAUACUUCUUAGUGGAUUUUAAGUUCCAGUCACCCCUAUAUCGUCAGGUUGCUUCCAUGUUCUUCAAGGAAGUUGUUUCCAAGCUUGUGGGAUCAUUUAGUGAUCGAUGUUUUAGAAUUUAUGGACCUGCCGUUCCUGUGCUGGAAAAAUCUUAUGGGCAAGGAAGGUAGAGACAUAAAUGAUCUAAUUCAGAAGAAUAUGAGCUUCAUGAGAACUUGUGUCCGUAUUACAACAGAGGAUUGUUCGCAGAGGAUACAUAUAAUCCACCAUUUGUGAUGUCACUGUACUUAUUAGGCAAGUGGGUCAGGAGAGAAAUCGGCCAGAAUUUUCACCCUUUGGCUAUUUCUAAGAUUUUUUCAUGUACUACUAGUUUACUACCCAUCUGUAACAGCAAAAUGGCCAGCCACACACGAUUGUUUACCAGGUCAAUCGGAUGUUCAAAAAUGUAUUUCGUCAUGAACUGUUGGCCACAGGCAUAUAAAGGAUGAUGUAAGCUUCUGAUAUUAUGUGAAUGGCAAGCCCUGUGACUUCUUACUUACCUUUU